AUGGCACAUGAAUCGGGUCUUUUCUCCGCCCGGCGGCAGCGUGAGACUCUCGGGCCCGUCUCCCACAAUGCCUCCGCCAUCCCGAUGCCGUCCUCCGCCAUGAAGCGAUCCAAUUCGACCUCGGGUUUCAAUCAGGCGCCAUACUCCACGAACCACGCCCGCUCGACGUCUGGAUCGCGCAUGUCGCUUGCGCCGGGACGACCUUCGCAGCCCAUGUUCCACCGAUCAUCGUCUGGCGACAACCUGGCGGGUAUGGGAUUCUCUACAGUGCAGCGACCGAGCACACAGAACUUGUUCGCCAGCACGGGCGGCAGAAAGAGCUUUGCGCCCAUCACGAGUACACCCGCUCCUCCCCCGCAACUCGACGCCAGUACACAGCGAAGAAGCAGUGUCUACAGUGCGAGACCUUCAGCGGCAUUCGGCCCUGCAGCGCAUCAAUCCUUCUUUGCGACGGCGCCUCCUUCCACUGCCAUCCCCACUGACCCACGACGGCUAAAAGACCCCAACACGCGGAAGAUGAUGGGCCAGGAGCUUAUGGAGUUCCUGACCCAGCGUAACUUCGAGAUGGAGACGAAACACACCAUCACGCCCAACUUCAUGUCCUCGCCGACGCAGAAAGACUUUGACAUGAUGUUUCAGUUCCUGUACCACCAAAUCGAUCCGGCAUACCGCUUUCAGAAGAACAUCGCCGCCGAAGUCCCUCCUCUCCUCAAGCUAAUGCGAUACCCAUUUGAGAAGAAUAUCUCCAAGAGUGCGCUGGGUGCGGUAGGUGGAGGUAACUGGAGCACGUUCCUGGGCCUUCUGCAUUGGAUGAUGCAGCUCGCAAAGAUGAUGGAGCAGUACAGCACGGGCAUGUGGGAUGAUGCCUGUAUUGAAGCUGGGUUCGACGUCAGUGCAGAUCGCAUCACAUUCGACUUUCUAUCCGCGGCCUACAAGGAGUGGCUACAUAUCGAAGAUGAUGACGACGAGGAAGAGGAAGCGAAGCGAAGAAUCCAGCCUCUCGUCGAUGCGAUGGCAGUCAAGUUUGAACAAGCCAAUUCGGCCAAUCUGGACCAAAUGCGACAGUUCGAGGCCGAGUCCAAGGAGCUGCAAGCGCGAAUCGAUGAGUUGAGUAAGAAUGCUCCACGACUGGCCAAGCUGGACGAGACGAUCAAAAUCCUGGAGGAGGAUCGGCAGAAGUUUGAGGUGUACAACGACAGCAUGAACGCCAAGGUGGAGAAGUACAGCCAUCGAGCGGAUCUUCUGCAGCAGGAGAUUGAGAAGUGCGAAGCUGAGAUGGCCGAAGCAGAGGCCGAGCGGAACGACUUGCAGCAGAAAGUCGACGAGCAAGGGCUGAGUGUGCAGGAUAUCGACCGCAUGAACACCGAGCGCGAGCGUCUCAGCAAAGGCGUCGAGGCGACACAGCAGAGGCUUGAGGAGGCCAAGGAGCGAACUGGGAAGAAGGAGGCCGAGACUGGAGCCAGACUCGACGAGCUCGAGAGUACAGUCCAGAAAUUUAACGCCCAAGGGUAUCAAGUUGGGAUCAUACCGCCAUCCGCUCAGAACGCCAAAGGAAACGACUACGAGCUGCGCCUGAACAUCAACUCUGGACCUGACUUCACCACUUCGCAGCUUGGUGCUUCAAACUCGCAUUCUCUAUCGUCCUCGGAUCGAUUGCUUGCAGAUUCGAGCAAUGGCUACCAACCGCAACAUCUUCUCCCACACGCAGAUCUCAAGACCAUGAAGCGUCAGCUGCAGGACCUGCGCAAGGAGAUUUCUGAGAAGCGGAACGUCGGACUGGAAGAAGACAUGGCCAAAGUCGAUAUGCUGGACAAGACUCGGGAAGCCCUGGAAGACAAGCACGCCGAGCUUGAAACCCUGAAGCACCGAGUUAAAGGAGCAGCAGAGGAGUUCGACGGUAUGCGAGAUGUGUCAUCGGCGCAGUCAAUGGCCAGCGAUGCGCAGAUCGAAAAGAUGGAGAAAGAGUUGAACAGGAUGCGUUCGACACUGGGCGAGUCCGUACAGCUCAUGGAGCAGAGGGAGAUGAGCGUGAAUCUUGAGUACGAACAACUCACACUGCGGUCCGGCGAGCUGCGAGAGGAACUUCACACCGAGCUGGAGCGUAUGCUGCAGUAUAUCAUCAACUUCAAGAUCCACAUCCAGUCAAGUUUGGAGUCAUAUGAGGAGUUUGUGGCCGCUGAGGUGGAGCGAGAGUGGGAAGAGCAGAAUGCUGGAGCCGAUGAUGGCGAGGUCGAUCCGGAUGCGAUGGAGGAGUGA